GGAGGAGAGCGCCUUUCUUCCUUCCUUCCUUCCCUCCUUUCUUUCUUUCCUUCUCCGCGGUUUCCUCGUUGGGCCUUCGGGUGCCCCCUCCCCGGCCUUCGCCAUGCCGGCGCUGCUGGAGCGCCCGAAGCUGAGCUCGGCCAUGGCGCGGGCCUUGCACCGGCACGUGAUGGUGGAGCGGGAGAGGAAGCGGCAGGAGGAAGAAGAAGUAGACAAAAUGAUGGAGCAGAAGAUGAAGGAGGAGCAGGAGAGGCGGAAGAAGAAAGAGAUGGAGGAACGCAUGUCUCUGGAGGAGACCAAGGAGCAGGUCCUGAAGCUUCAAGAGAAGCUCCAAGCCCUGCAAGAAGAGAAACACCAGCUUUUCCUGCAGCUGAAGAAGGUCCUCCACGAAGAGGAGAAGCGCCGUCGCAAGGAGCAAAGUGACAUGACGACUCUGGCAGCCGCUGCCUACCAGCAGGGCAUGGCAGUCCACGCUGGGACCCACAUCCUCAACAUGCAAGGGAGUCCCGGCGGACAUAACCGGGCCGGGACCCUGAUAUCGGCCGAUCGAGCCAAACAGAUGUUUGGGCCGCCUGUGAUUACUACGCGCCACUUUGCUACGCAGCCGGCCUUCUCCACCAGCGCUCCGGAACAUGGCCAGUACCAAGGCGGCCAGUCCGGUCACAGCCCUUACGCUGUGGGACAGAGCCAGCACACGGUUCCCGUCAGCUAUGCCAGCAGCCAGUCCAUCCGAGGUCCCUCGGCCUUCCCGACCAUGCAGUACCUGUCGCAGCAGCAACCAGGCUACAGCAUCCACAGCCACUUCCCCACCGCCCAGCCAGGUUUCAUCCCUCCCAGCACCACCAUCCCGCUCCAAAAGCAACUGGAGCAUGCCAACCAGCAGUCGGGGUUUACUGAUUCGUCGACCCUGCGCCCCAUGCACCCCCAGGCCCUGCACCCCAACCCGGGCCUCCUGCAGGGACCCCAGAUCCCUGUCCAGAUGCAAACAGCAGCCAAGCCCACUUUGGCCUACACGCAUCCCGCUCGGCCCGCCUCCCCCGGCAGCUUCUCCCACGGGACCGCCCCCCAGCAGCCCCACACGUCCGGCUUCCAGGCUUCGCCGCAGCCAGCCCCCCGGCACCCCUUCAUCCAGCACCCCAGCCAGGGCCAGCGCUUCUACCACAAGUGAGGAGGGGGCCUUCCCUCUCCGGUCUUUCCCAGCCCCCUCCAGCUUGAAGAAACAUAACUUUCACCGCUCGUGUGUGUCUGUAGCUUUGUUCUUCCCUCAUUCUUGCUGAAAUUUGUGAAAGCCAGAGCAAAUACAUUUUGUGCGAAUCAUUUGGAGCCAA